UACGCGAUAACAACGCGCUCAGUGUACAACCAGCGCCCGCGCCUCUUGCACGCAUCAAAAAAACAUGGCAGAGACAGAGCAGACCAUCGGGUUUUGGGACGAGUUGACCAGUCCCAUCAACCUAGUUUUAGUUGCAGUUAUAGUGUACCUUAUUUACAAGAUCAUACAGUCGAAAUUCGAGUCGGAGGUUGAGCUCCCACCACCACCAAAACCGCUGCCAAAGAUACGAAAGGACUUAACAGUCGCCGAGUUGAAGAAAUACGAUGGCACCCAGGCUGAUGGAAGAGUUUUGCUGGCUGUGAAUGGUGUCAUUUUUGAUGUCACAAGAGGAAAGAGAUUCUAUGGUCCUGGUGGUCCCUACUCCGCAUUCGCUGGUAAGGAUGCCACUAGAGGGCUAGCCACGGGAGAAGUGGCAGCGUCAGACAAAGAGUACGAUGACGUCAGCGACCUCAAGGAUGAAGAGCUUGCAUCAGCCAAAGAGUGGGAAGAACAAUUCAGAGAAAAAUAUGACAUCGUUGGCCGCCUCCUUAAGCCGGGUGAAGAGCCGAAAAAGUAUAGUGAUGACGAGAGCGAAGACAAGAAAAGCCAGUGAAGGCCUAAAUGUUCACAACAGAGAAACAUGUCGCAGACUCACUCCCUACUGAAGCCCUUGGACCAUUUCGUAGCCAAAUUUCAUAGCUGGCUACAAAAUGGAAAAAAAAUCCCAUUUGGAAGCAGGCUUCUUACUGGCCAGCUUCAAAAUGUGAUGUUUUUUCCCGUAAGAAAAAUAAUUGCGUGUAAUUGCGAAUUUUUUGAGCUGGAAAAUGUUUAGUGUACGUCAAUUUUUAAUUCCUACUUAGAUUGUAAUGUAGCUGUAAUGUAAGACGUUGAACUUAUGAACGCUUGAGAGCCUUUUGAUAUGUAAAAGUGGAGCAGCUAUCAUAGUCUAAAAAGUUUCACUUGCAAAGAUAUUUAUACGACUAUAAGCAUUUCCUAUGGCUCCAUCGAACCAAGGGCUAAGAAUAAAGGCGUCUUGCCUUUAUAAACAGAAUAAAUCUUUUUGUUUUUCCAAAGACUGCAAGAAAUGCUGUCUUGUGCUUAUAAAAAGUCAUGUACUUUAAGGGUCAAAACGCCCUAAAAAGAGUAUCAAAAUUAUUACGGGUCACGACGACUGAGCUUGCUGCACAUACCUCUCUUAUGCCCAAAUAUUGUUGCUGAAACGUGAUAUUUUGUAGAAACCGGGUAAAUGUUUAAUUAAAUAUUUUUAUAGGGUUACUUGUUA